GGUAUUAUCGAAGAAGAAAGCUUUAACACAGACACACAAAAAUCAAGAAACAGUCGAAAACCAACCAUGACUACUCUUUCAAGGUCCUACGUUUCAUUCACUCAUCCUCAAACCCACUUCUUAUCAUCAGGUUCCUUGAAUUCAAGUAACCAGAGUCUUUUACCCGUUGGCCAUUGUAAUCCCUCUAAAAAAGGAAGACUUGUUGCAUAUAGAAGGCCAUUUACUCUUCAAGCAAGCGGAGAUCGGAGUGGGUCAAAUAGUGCAGGUAUCUUCAUUGGUGGUUUUGUAUUGGGAGGAAUAGUUGUUGGCGCAUUAGGCUGUGUCUAUGCUCCACAGAUCAGCAAGGCACUAGCUGGAACUGACAGAAAAGGUUUGAUGAGGAAACUGCCGAAGUUCAUAUAUGACGAGGAAAAGGCAUUGGAGAAGACACGCAAAGUACUGGCCGAGAAGAUUGCACAGUUGAAUUCUGCAAUAGAUGAGGUUUCUGCUCAGUUGCAUGCAGAGGAUACCCCAAAUGGAACUGCAGUGAAUUCUGAUGAGAUCCAAGCUUCUACAUAAGAAACAUAUUUGUUGAGAUUUCAAAAACAAACUGAAAAAUGACAAAAAAAAGAAGGGUUUUACUUGUGAUCAGCACUAGAAUAUAAUGUCUCAAGAAUUUUAUUCUCUCAAACCUGUUCUGUUUUUCCUGUGUUCUUGGCUUUGGUUGAAGGUUAUUGAUCAGAAAAAUGUUAAUGAUACUGUUGUAUUACACUACUGUUUUUGUGAUCAACUUGCGGGUAAGGCCGAAAGUCAUGUCUAAGGUUUGUUUUUUGGACAUAAGCCAACCCUGCACCGAAUUAGGCCCAGCUCAUUUCGGUAUUAUCUAUGAUGCAGGGAAACUUCUAGCUAUAGAUGUUUUCUUGUGUAAAAUUAUAUUUUAUAAGACGUCACUCUAUAUGUUUCCUAGUUUCCA